AUGAAAAGUUCUUUGUGUGAUCCAAAACAAGGAAAAUUUCCUAAAAAUCCUAGAAAAGCUAAUGUCACUGAUUCAAAAAAUUCCAACAAAAAACAAUCGAUAUAUAAACUAUUAACUUACAUAUACAUCUUAAUAUAGCAUAUUUAAUUAUAUUCAUAAUUAUUAGGUAGUAUUCUCUUCUUGUAAAUAAACAAAGUUUGCUUCUCAACUAAGUGCCAUGACUACUCCUAGAACAUUUCUUUACUUUUUAAGCUGAAUAAAAAGUGUAUAUUAUCAUUUAAUUCUUUAGUUCUUCAUCUCUUUAAUUAAUUACUAUUGAAUUUUUAGAAUCUAAUUCUUUGUUCUUACCUCAUAUAGAUAAUUGCAAUCAAACUUUUUACAAGUCUAAUAAUGACAAAAUUUAUGAUCCUUACCAAUUUGAAAUCAAAAAAUCUUUUGGUUGUAAAACUUGUGAAGACACUAGUGAUUCUCAAAAAAUUCUCUCUCAAAAACCAGGUUUUUAUUAUAUUUAUACAUUCAGGAGCAUUUUGUGGAUAUGAAUGA